AUGGAAGAUAUGGUCAAGGAACUCAUGGAAUGGAGGAGAUCGGCGAGGGACAAUGACAUGUCUCUAGCACCGAGAGCACCAGCCGCAACCCCAGCUGGCGUGACGCCGAACACCUCGGGUCGUCCGAGCGACUUGGGAGGCGACCCAGGAUCUGGACGAGAUCAUGGCUUAAGAAUCCCUGACCCCGUGGACCUGAGCCUUGAUGGCAUGACCGUAAUCACGAAUUCUCUGCAGCAGCCUGGAACAACAUUCCUUGGCAAGCUGUCCUCAUGCUCCUGUCCGUCUUCAAACAUCUAUUUUCUACGCCAGAUAUCCAAUGCAUUAUCGUCGCCCUUGCUCUCGCCUCAAAUGGUCGAUCGGCAACAUUCCUCCACAUUGAGCAGACCACUGCUCUCAGUCCCAGCAUCACCGCGGCAAAACACUCGCGUGAUCUCUACUGCUGGCAGCAAUCCUGUUGACAUGUACCUGUUGCCGCCCGCCGACUACGGUCUGCGGCUCCUCGAGCUUUUCUUCGCCGACUCAGGCACGCUUUUCCCCUACAUUCACCGAGAGGGUCUGCUUGCUUCAUAUCAAGCCUUAUUCAGGCAAAAACCACCUAGUAUCCCAGGAACGUUCAUGUGCCUCCUCAACACCAUCUUCGCCAUGGCAACUUAUCAUAGUAGCCGAGACGAGCUCGAUCACCAUGACGCACUUCUCGAGUCCGACGUCUUUUAUUCGCGGGCUAAGCUACUUGCAUCGAAAUUGGACCUGGAACACACAGAUACUCAGACAGUGCAAGCGCUCUUACUUAUGCAUCAGUAUUGCAUGGCGACCCAACGCUCUGCCCAAAUCUGGACUUCGCAUGCUGCAACAAUCAGGGUUGCGAUACAGCUGGGACUGCACUCUGCGUCGAGACUCCGCUCAUUGUCUCCCAUUGAAGCCGAGGUUCGCAAAAGAAUUUGGUUUGGCUGCAUUAUACUCGAUCGCACAUUGAGCACGACCUUCGGCAGACCACCAGCGAUCCCGAACAGUUUCGUUCGAUUGCCGCUACCUGAGAAUAUGACUCUUGACGCACUUUCGAAGGGAGAGGCUGUGGAUUCAACUGCGUCCGACGGCGAUUUUGGUUCUGUCUAUCUCUUCACUGCUACUUCUGAAUUGUACUUGCUCCAAGGCGAGAUCAUCGAGCACCUUUAUGGCAAUAAUCUAGAGGACGACCCAGACAUACAGGCCAGCGAAAGCCUCACGCAUGUGAUGAACUUCGAACGAAAGCUCAUAGCCUGGAAACGGAACUUGCCAGCUCGGCUGCAAAAGACGCCAUGGCUCUAUCAACGCCAUUCCGAUCACGCCAAUACUUCCAAGACCUCAAAUUUUGACCGCCUGAGCGUGGUCAUGGCCCUACGCUACCUCAACGCUCGGCUGUUGCUCCGUCGGACCCUGCUAAUGCUCUGUCUGAAGGGAGGCGAGCAUCUGCUGCCCGACGGGACGUUUACUCACGAGGAAAGGUCGUACUUCGACAAAGUUGUUAUCAACGAAAUCACAAUCUGCGAAAGUGAUGCCUUUGAGGUGCUUCAGAUUAUCUCUAGCACCAAUCCCUACCCUUCCUUGCGUACUAGCUGGUGGUUUUCCGCUUACUAUUGCUUUACCGCAGCCUUGACGGUCUUUUCGUGCCUCUUGCUCCGCACUCGAUGCAAAAGAUUGUGGCAGGAGGCUUCGCUCAAAGAGACAACGAUUGAUCCCCACCGUGGUCUACAAAUGGCUGUCGAGAUCUUCCGCGCUUAUGGUAACAAUACUGGCGCUCAACGAGCCGAGAAGACUCUGAACAAGCUCAUCGAGAUACAGUCUGAGAUAAGAACACAGCAGCGCAGCUUCGAACAACGUGCGACCCAAGUACAAGGCCCCGCGCAGGCGUAUCCGUUGUCGGCCAUAGAAAACCGUUCCGUACUUCACGCCGGCAACAUGGAGGCGUCACACAUGAGCGGGCAUACCUGUGCCUCACAGGAGCAACCUAGCUACCCUGAAGACUUUGGAUAUUCGAUGCAAUUCCCACUGUCGUGUUUCGCGGAUAGUAACCUGGAUCUGUUUGCGGAACUGGGCGGCUUUGAUCCUGACUUGGUGGCUUCAACUAGCGGGUGA